AUGAAGCAGAGAUACUUAAAUGAGAAUUGUCACAGCAACAUCUAAACUCAUCGAUCAGAGAGAUCCAGUAGUUCUAACAUCCUUCAAGAUUUAUCCAACAAUAGUAUUUGUUCCAAUUAACUCAAGCAGGGCAAUUAUUAUUUACUAAAAAGCCAAUUCGUGGGAAUAGACAAAUUAAACCUGAUUUGUUAUCCAAGGACCAUGAUGUCCAAUUACAAUAGAACAGAGUGUACAAACAAAAAAAAAUAUAAUAACUAAAAAUUUAGUUAUAAACUUUAAAAUAGAAUUAUGAUAAAUAAGCAACAUCACAAUUCAAUCUGCAUAAAACUAUUGACAACACCGUGAAAAGGUUGCUUGAACUCAAAGCAUAAAUUAACGUCAAUCACAUUGAGGAACCUUGGCAGGACAUAAUCAAAAUGGAGAAGGACAUAUUUGGGAAUGAAGAUAACAUCAUUAAACAAAUGCCCAUCCAGAAUUUUAAUGAGGUCAUAUCAGGGCAUUAGUUAACAAUCUUAGAAUUGGUUUCUUAGUAAUAAAAUUUGCAACAAUAGAAUUAUUGGAUUGCUUAGAUGAAACUGUUGCAUGAAACCUUCAUCUAAAAAAAUUUAACUAUUGGAUAGAUCCUCAAACCUAAGGAUGUUCCAGACAAUUUAGAAUAGUCCAUUGAGAUCUCUUAUGAGGAAUUUACUUAAUCAUUCGGCAAAAAGUGGUGA